GUUACUAAUGGAGUAGUGUCAGGCUGUUUUUGUUCACAUCAACCAUAUAGGUAGUUGCCGCAGUACUGUCUCUGUGUUUUGUGUGCUGUGGCACAGACCUUAGAACAUCUGACUCAAGUACGUCCUGAAGCCUUCAAGCCUCUCUUGCGAUUUAUUAAUCAUUUAGUGGAUGGCAAACAAACAGUAACUGUGCAUCAGAACAAACCCAGAAAUGAACUGCAGCAACAGCAGCAUCAAAGCGCCUGAAACUUUUCAUGUCAUUCAGCUGAUAGUGUACAUCCCAGUUUUCCUUUCUGGAAUCCUAUUGAAUGCUCUGGCUUUCUGGGUGUUUUGCUAUAAACUGUCUAAAUGGACAGAAACCAGAGUGUACAUGAUCAACUUAAUGAUUGCCGAUUGUUGUUUGCUCUUCACUUUGCCCUUCAAAGCAUUUUCCCACAACCAUGAGCUGCCCCGAGAUAACAAGUGCUUGGCUAUAGAAGCUAUGUAUUUUAUAAACCGGUACACAAGCAUCUAUAUUAUCACCAUCACAGCUGUCGAUCGAUACAUUGCAAUAAUGUACCCUCUAAAAUCAAUGACUCUGAGGUCCCCGUUCAAGGCAGCUGUCGCCAGUGGAUUUCUAUGGCUACUAGUGAUAAGUUUUGUUUGCUUAGCGCAAGUAUUGGAAGAGCAACAAAACCAUGGGAUUUGCUUUGAAAAGUUUUCCACUGAGCCAUCCAAAGCAGCAUUAGCCUUUAGUAUUGGGGGAUUUUUUAUACCAUUAAUCAUCUUGAGCUUUUGUUCAAUUCAAAUAAUUAAGAAGCUUGUGAGAAAGAAGAAAACAAAUCCACAUGAGGAAAAACUAAUCCAGAAAGCGAUCUACAUUGUUUCUGCAAACAUGGCUGUGUUCAUAAUAUGCUUUUUACCUGUUAAUAUUGGGCACAUUGUUCGGUUUAUAGUGGAUUCCACCAGCACCAGCUGCUCAGUAAUAUACAGUGGUAAUGUAUUCUUGCACGUGGCCUCAAUCAUAGCAAACACUAACUGCUGCUUAGAUGCCAUUUGUUAUUACUUUGUAAACCGGGAAUUUCAGGAGGCAUCGUCUAUGUUACCAAAGACAAAAUCUACGAAGUCAAUGUCCAAUCACAGCUAAGGUUCAUCUCCCCAUAUGCCAUUGGAUAAUAUAAAAUAAUAUAAAACAGAAGUCCACUGGCCAUCACCUACAAUCCUCAACUUAAACCUCUCCAACUCAUCAACAGUGAUCUACAACCCAUCCUGGACAAUGAUCCCUCACUUUCACAGACCUUGGGAGGCAGUUCAGUCCUCGCUCACAGAUAACCCACUAGCAUUAAGCAUAUUUUCACCAGUAACCACACACCGCACCACAGCAACUCUAACUCGGGAACCAAUCCAUGCAAUAAACCUCAAUGCCAACUUUG